CCAGUGUCCAACAUGGCGGCUGCCUGGACCUCUGGGCUGGCAGCCCCGGGGGCUGUGGCCGCCCAGCUCCUCGGAGUCCUAUGGGUCGUGUCAGUCACCACGGGACCUUGGGGGGCUGCCGCCACCGCCGGCAGCGAGGAGACGCUUAAGUGCGAGGACCUAAAAGUGGGACAAUAUAUUUGUAAAGAUCCAAAAAUAAAUGAUGCUACGCAAGAACCAGUUAACUGUACAAACUACACAGCUUAUGUUCCAUGUUUUCCAGCACCCAACAUAACUUGUAAGGAUUUCAGUGGCAAUGAAACACAUUUUACUGGAAAUGAAGUUGGUUUUCUCAAGCCAAUAUCUUGCCGAAAUGUAAAUGGCUAUUCAUACAAAGUGGCAGUUGCAUUGUCUCUUUUUCUUGGAUGGUUGGGAGCAGAUCGAUUUUACCUUGGAUACCCUGCCUUGGGUUUGUUAAAAUUUUGCACUGUAGGGUUUUGUGGAAUUGGAAGCCUAAUUGAUUUCAUUCUUAUUUCAAUGCAGAUUGUUGGACCUUCAGAUGGAAGUAGUUACAUUAUAGAUUAUUAUGGAACCAGACUUACAAGACUGAGCAUUACUAAUGAAACAUUUAGAAAAACACAGUUAUAUCCAUAAAUAUUUUUAAAAAGAAACAGAUUUGAGUCUCCUUGAUUUUAACUGCCAGUAUGUGGAUUUCCAGAUUUUCCUUUUUCCUUCUUCACAUACCACUUUAUGGAUUCUAUAUAAUUUUUUUCAUUGUGGUUAUUUUUGUUAAAAGUAUAUUAUUCUGAGAUUUAUUUAAUAGGACUUUCUUUGAGAGCUGUUUAUUAGGUCUUUGAGGCUACUGUCUCUAUGAGAUAGAGAGCUUAUUACUCUGAAAUUCUUUAAUGUCUUUUUACAAAGGCAAGUUGCCACUUGUCAUUUUUGCUUCUGAAAAAUAAAAAUAUAGCUUAUUCACAUUUUUUGUGCUUUAUAAUUAAGAAAACCUUCCUAAAUGUUGAAUGUAGCUGUCUUCUGCAUUUUAAUCCUUCAAAGCAGUUCAUCCAUGGUAUGAACAAAUACCGUGUAUAUUGGAUGGGGCUGCAGUCUUUGUUUAUCACAACCUACCUGGUUUUCUGCAGCUUUGAGAUCUGUCUUUGCCGUGGUAUCCAAGGAACUAAAGAUCAUCAAGGAAUCUGAAACCUUGAGGCAACAUGAGUACUUCUGGCAUCGAUUCAGGCCUCUAAAGUGUGAACUUUUACUUUUUUUGCUUUGGGAGUGAUGCACUAGAUUUUGGAAGACCAGAUACUGACUCAUCUAGCUCACUGUGGUUAUAUUUGGAGCUGGAUGGACAAGGUGGAAACACCAAACAGAUGAUUAAUGUCUUCCAUCUGUCAGCACCACCAGGCAGAUGCCAGCACAGGUGCCUUAAGUGAUGCACCAGUGUCUGAAGGAAGCAGCACCUGUACAUUAGCACCUAGUUUUUCUUACCAUGUUCAAGAGGUUUUGAGAAGAUGGAAAUACACGAAAUGUUAUGUCCCCAUAAUAUGAAUACUAUCCCACUCUUUCUUUAGUGAAAGACAUACCAGUUUCAAAAUUACUAGGGUCUGGGCUCCUCAAGAGUAAAAAUCAUAAAUUUUUAUCACUCAUUUUCCUCAAAACUGUAUAGUCUAAUUCACCUCAUAAUAUGUUAGUAAUUCAGUAAUACCUUCUCCAGUUGAUGGGAAAUUAUUAAAUAUUGAUGAAGUGAAUUGUUCCUAAUAAGCAGUAGGACCAUCUCUGAUUGAUUCAUUAAUUAAAUGUGGUCUAGCAUGUGGGAGGCACUGUUCUAUGUGGGGAUGCAGCAGUAAAGAAGACACAAAAUCCCAGCCGUUUAGGAGCUUAUAUUCUCUUAGGAUCCACUUUCUCACAGCAAUGAUAUUUUUGGUCACAGAAAAGUCAAUUGGUAAAUGCCCAUUUUCUAGUAUUCCCUAGUUCCUGUAGGUUGCAGACAGUGCUUUGAAGUUUACUUCAGUAAUACCUAAGCCCAGAUUUUAAAAGUCAUAAGUUUACAGUCACGUAAGUUCAAUUAUAUGUGAAAUACCUGCAGUCAAAUUAUGAAAAGUAAUCUUGAUUCUUGCAUAAUCGUUAGUCAUUAACUUGGCCAGGUGUAAAGUCUGUUUCAAAGCAGAUGCUUCUUAAAGUAUUUAUUCAAAUAAGCUAUGCCCUGAAAGGGUUGUUAAGUUUAGAAAUAAAGUCACUUCACAAUAUUAUUAAACCUUUAGACUUUAUUUUCACUAUAGUUUCCUAACUUUACAC